GGGCAGUCGCCUCCAGUCCGCCGCAGAUACUCAAAGCGGCUGCAUGACAGUCCGUGCUGGUCCGCCGCAGAGGAACGUGCCGUGGACCCUUGUAGAGUAGAGACGUCAAGAGCGGCCAGUGUGAAGGAAUAAACGAAGGGCUUUUUGCGAAACGGCGGUGCGAGGAACUAUCACGGAAAGAGAAGCGAAUCUAAGGAGAGACGAAUAAGGAACGAGCGCGGUUUGAAGGAAUACAGUCAGUCUUCUCUCUCUCUCACUCGAAGUGGAUCGUGAGCCAAAGGAUAGUUGUUUUUGACGGCAGUUGACAGCCAGCUGCAAAAGUCGUAGUUGUUGUAGUAGUAGUGUUGUCACUGCCUCAGUUACAGUGUUGCCGGAGGAGCACUCAGUGUAUUGUCGCGGGGCGCGCUUCCCCCCUGCGCUUCUCAUUUCCAUAUGGGCGCCCCCCCCGCGGGGAGGUGGCGGUGGUGGUGGGCCAGCCCGCGCAUACUCGCCGCCACAUUUACCUACUAAUUCUCGCCGAGGCGUCGUCAUUAGGAUGUGCAGACGGUGGGUGGCGGUCGCGGAGGUGCCACGCUAGUGAUAGUAGUUGUGCAUGUGGAGGAGGAGGAGUAGUGGUUGUUGUGGCCGCUCUCGCUCUCUCUCUCUCUCUCUCUCUUUCUCUCGCUCGCUCUCUCGCUCUCUGUGGUGUGUGUUUUGGUGGCACAUGGUGCUAGUGAAGGGCACGGCACCACCUGCACGUGCACCACGUCACCUCCUCCUUGUGGCAGCACGAAGCCAGGGCACGGUGGCGACACGGCCGCCCAUACCCCUACAUCAUCACUACAUUACACGCCACCAUACACAGGAAGAGGGGGGCGUGCACCUCACGUGCCCAGGCCAGUGGCAGCACGAUUAUGUGGCACUGCCUGGCCCUGCACGAUGUGGACCUCAGAUGGUGCAAGAAGGUCGAGGGCUGUGAGUAGCGGAGGCUGUGUGUGUGUGCCGCCAUGCCCGGAGAGGAGAGGGGAGAGUCACCUCUGAAGGGAUGCCCCCCGGCCCCCCCACACCCUCCUACUGACCCUGUCGACGCCCCCGCCCACCCACAACAGCAACAACAGGAGCAGCACCAGGAGAAUCAGCACCAGCAGCAGGAUAAGAAAGAACCUACGCCUACAAAGAUGAGUCCUGAGGACGCUCCCUCCACCUCCCCCUUGGCGGGAGAGGAAGGUCCUGGACCCCUCGUUCAACAGGGUCCCAGUGCAACUUCCUCGUCGUCGUCUACAUCGGCACCGUCAGCGUCGCCGCCCACAACGUUCAAUCUGACAUGUAUGACGUGCCAUACGCACUUCACAUCAGCGGAAUUGUACACGCGCCACCACUGCGUAGCUUCGGGCACGCCCGUGCAGGAUGCCUUGACCGAGUCCUCGAGUGAUGUGGAGAAGUUCGAUGGCAAAAUCGUGUACAAUCCCGAUGGGUCGGCGUACAUCUUUGACUCUGAGAUGAGUGAAGAUGAUGGGGGCGUGGCAGGGUUAGAGCUGCCCCAGCAUGAGGGGUCCAUCAUAGACUCUCCCAGGCACCCACUCUCCACCACCGCCAGCCCCACCAUCCCCACCAUCGCCAACGCCAUCUAUGUGACCAAGAACCCCGCCUUCUAUACCGCCCUUUACGGUCAAACCUUCACCUCGCUUAUCCAGGAUAACAAAGUUCCUGACGUUCCCAUUGUUCAUAACUACAGGGUCUUUACCGUUGGUGAUAAAGACAGUGAAAAUGAAUGUAAAGACAGUGAUAGCAAAAAUAAUAGUUCCAGUGAGAAAACAAAACUUCCAUUAUUAGACUACUCGCAAGUUCCAAUUAAACCUAUAUUGAUGUGUUUUGUAUGUAAGUUGUCUUUUGGAUAUGUUAAAUCGUUUAUUGCCCAUGCGAUGGGCGACCAUAGUGUAGUGCUGGUCGAUGAGGAAAAGGACCUUUUGGCGGCCAAGAACGCCUCGGCCAUCAUUCAGUGUGCGGGUCGGGAGGAACCGCGAGUCUCGUUCCUAGAGCCAGUGAUACCCCCUGGGCAUGGCAGCAGCGGCAGCAGCAGUAGUAACGACUGCAGCAGCAGCAGCAGCAGCCAACCUGGGGGACCGCUGGCCACCCUGUUGCCCUCCAGGGCCCCCAGCGGUACCUCCCCAUCCCCGCAGCCAUCUUCACCUGUCAAGGCCGCGCACAACAACGAUGCCCAUCAGUCUGUGAGUGAGGAGGGACAUACCCCUAUAGUGAAAACUGAACUAACUGACUUUUAUGACCUGGUGCGACAGCAGCAACAACAGCAACAGCAACAUCAACAGCAACAGCAGCAUCAGCAUCAGCAUCAGCAGCAACAUCAGCAGCAUCAGCUUCAUCAUCCACAACAGCAACCGAGAAAUGACCCCUUUGCGGCGCCUCAACACCCAGCUGCCAUUCGAACUCCAGAUAUAAGUCGAAAGUCACCUGUUUCUGCCCUUGGAGCCAAUGGGCGAGCAUCUGUCUCACCUGUCACUUCAAUGUCACCAACAAGUUUUUCGCCUCUGCAGUCCCCUGUGACUCAGCUUACAGGUACCAUCAUUGGUGCUUGCCCAGAACACAUGAGCGGACGACCUCAGGGUGUCAACUGUGACAAGUGUGACCUAAUCCUUCAACAGUCACGACAGCUAGGGGGUCAAAUGGCCUUCAUGCAUUCACGUAAUUCCUGCAAGACGCUCAAGUGCCCCAAAUGUAAUUGGCAUUAUAAAUACCAAGAAACCCUUGAGAUUCACAUGAAGGAAAAACACCCAGAGAAUGAGUCCACUUGCAUUUACUGUUUGACCAACCAGCCUCACCCUCGUCUUGCGCGAGGGGAAACUUACACCUGUGGUUAUAAACCCUACCGAUGUGAGGUGUGCAAUUACUCUACUACUACCAAAGGUAAUCUUUCCAUUCAUAUGCAGAGUGACAAACAUCUUAACAACAUGCAGGAGUUGCAGAAUGGUGGCAUGCCCAAUGUAGAUGGCCCAUUGGGCUCUCAGUCCCUGACAUCUCAGCAACAAAGUCCAUCUGGUGCUAUUUACUCUGCACCAAAAACACCUACACCAUCAACCACACCAGCACCCAUGCAACAGCAAAAGCCAAAACCUGUAUGGCGCUGUGAUGUUUGCAACUACGAGACCAACGUUGCAAGGAAUUUAAGAAUUCACAUGACUAGUGAAAAGCACACCCAUAACAUGAUGGUUUUGCAGCAGAAUGUGAAACACAUGCAGCAGUUGAGUGCAUUGCAAGGGAGUGGAGGUAGCGGUAGUGGACAGAUUGAUCCUAUGGCACUGCUUCAGUAUGCUGGUAACCCUGCUGCUGCCGCUGCCAUGAUGGGUAACUUGGGUGUGAGUGAAAAACCACCAAUGCCAGAGGCUGCCUUGGCUGACCUUGCUUAUAAUCAAGCACUUCUCAUUCAGAUGAUGUCUGGAGGUCAGAUGCCACCAGGUGGACCUCCAGGUGGACCCCUGGGUCAUGGUCCUGGACCACACAUGGGACAUGGUGGCCCAUUGAGCCAUGGUGGAGAUCAGCCGGGACCUCACUUUGAUCUUGGACUCAACCCUGAAUCUCUUGAGCCUCCCCCUGAACCAGUUCCCCCUAACCCUCGGCAUGCAUUCACCUGUUGUGUAUGCUCGGCAUUUUCCACCGACUCUUUAGAACAGCUCAAUCUUCACCUGCAACUCGAUCGGUCCAAAGCCAACGAAAACGAGGUGCUUUUGGUGGUGGCAGGGAAUUACAUCUGCAAACUGUGUUCAUACAAAACAAACCUCAAAGCUAAUUUCCAGUUACACUGUAAAACCGACAAACAUCUUCAAAAGCUGCAACAUGUGAAUCAUAUCUUAGAAGGGGGUCCUCGGAAUGAGUGGAAACUCAAGUACUUGUCCAAUACCAAUCCUUUACAUGUGAGGUGUAACCUUUGUGAAUAUUAUACAAACAGCGUGCACAAACUUCAACUGCACGCGGCCCACCAAAGGCACGAAGUUCUCAAUGUACUCUUCCGACAUUUGUGUGUAACUGAACAACAGUUCAUGGAAGACAGAAGACAAUACACCUGUGCCCUAUGUAACUUCACUACCAGGGCCAAGUUGCAAUUGCUGCAUCACAUUAGAUCCAUGCGGCAUUUGCAGAUGGAGCAACUGCAUCAGAUACAACGGCACGCAGAAGGAAAAGGCGGAACGCAGCAAGAUAUUGGAGAAAUCUUCAAAGUUGAGGAGAUUAUGGAUGACGAUGGCAGACAUACACCAACUGAAGAGACCAAAGAGGAAGGGCGUUCCCCGGAUCAAGUCCAUGCUUGCCCCUUCUGCCACUUCACGUGUGAUACAGAGACAGGUUUGCAACAUCAUGUGGAUGCGGAGCACGGCGGCGAAAAGAAAGCAGGAUUGAGAUGCCCCUUGUGUGAAGAAGCUUGCCCUGAUAUGAAUGCUCUCGAGAAGCAUGCCAUCAAUGUCCAUUCUGUUAAUGCAGACGGCCUGCAGCGACUUCUGCUGUUGGUCAAGCUAAGUGCUGCUGCCUCCAAACAUGAAGACGACGAAGAUCAUAACUCCCAGCACCAGCAGCAGCAGCAGCAGCAGCAAGACCAUCACUCGAGAUCUCAGGAACACCAUUCACAACGACAUAUUAAAACCGAAGAUAAUCAGUCAAGUGGUGCAGGUAAGCGAAGUGAUGAGCGGAACGUGGGCCGGGAGCCGGAGGAAUGUGGUGUGUGCGGUGUGGCAUGUGGCAGUGUAGAGGAUUUAUUAGCACAUCAAACAGCAAUGGGUCAUUUACCAGUUACAGAAACACCAAGAGGUCCUGGCUAUCUCUGUUGGAAAAAGGGUUGCAAUCAGUAUUUCCCUACAGCUCAGGCUCUCCAUAGUCACUUCAGAGAGAUUCAUGGUGCAGCCCCUAGACCAUCAGUUGCAGUAUCAGAGCGUCAUGUAUAUAAAUAUCGAUGUCAGCAGUGUUCCCUUGCUUUUAAAACUGUAGAAAAAUUGCAGUUACAUGCACAGUACCAUGCAAUACGAGAUGCAACCAAGUGUCUUUUGUGUCAUCGUAAUUUCCGUUCCUUAGGAGCCCUGCAGAAGCAUGUCAGUACAGAUCACCCAGAAUUAACUGCAGAAGAGAAGCAUCAGUUUCAGGCCUCCAUAGUUGGAGCGCCUGUAGGGGCAGGGGCUGGUCCUGUCCUUGAUCCUAACACAACGGCAUUGUUACGACGAGAGUCAAAUAAAGAUGAUGAAAUAGAAGAAAUGCCACGUAUAGAGGAACCACCACUACCACCUCAUCAACAAGCAAUUGAGGAUUAUUUGAACUCAGACUCAAUGGCACUGGACAAUUAUAGUGAUCCAGCAAGGCGCUAUAAGUGUCAUCGGUGUAGAGUAGCUUUCACCAGACAGAGUUACCUCACUGUUCAUCAGAAGACACUGCUACACAGACGGGGUGAGAAACUUACAUAUCCUAUGGAGAAAUACUUAGACCCCAAUAGACCUUAUAAAUGUGAUGUAUGUAAAGAGUCAUUUACCCAAAAGAAUAUUUUGCUUGUUCAUUAUAAUUCAGUGAGUCAUUUACACAAGCUUAAAAAAGCAAUGCAGGAUAAGGAGUUCAAAGGCUCUUCAAGCAGUAGUAAUAUACAAUCUGAAGCAGGGAUUUUAGAGGGUGGGAAUAUGCCCUUAGGUGAUAACCAGUCUGGACUUCCUGGGAUCAGUGGGUCUGGGUUAGGGGAAGAGGAAGGGAAUAAACCAUACAGAUGUCAUGUGUGCCGUGUGGCAUAUUCACAGCAGUCCACCCUAGAUAUCCAUCUACGCUCUGUGCUUCACCAGUCUCGCACUGCCAGACUCCCAGAUUAUUUACCAACAGCCAGUCAUGAUCCAAGAACAUUAGCUGACCAUCCAUCUAUACCUACUAGUACACCACAACCAUCUCCAGCCCAGUCUCAUGAACCUAACAAUAUCCAUUCCCCAUCCACACCUCAAGUCACACCUCCAACAACACACCAUGUUUCCCCCUCCAGCAGCACCAGUGCUCAGGGAAGCUGUGGACGCUGUGGCGGUGUGUGGAGUACUGCAGAACAGGGAGCUCAACAUGCUGUAUUAUGUGGUUUGUUGCCUCCUCAACUGAACGUCCUUCCCCACUCCGUCAGUAACGCCUCAGCUGCCCUGGAUACUGCAUGGGUAGCCCUCUGCCAAGCCAGCGCCGCUAACUUGCCUCAGACUCCGGCCCAUGACCGCUCUCUCUCUCCAUCUGAAUGUUCCAUAGAAUCUCUCUCUACCUCUAGAUUCACUGUACCUUUCAGAAAGUCUUCACGCCUACACAAGCACUUAUUAGAAAGCUUUGGCUUUGAUCUAGUAGUUCAGUAUGUUGAAUCUCAACAACCUUAUCAAUCAAAAUCCCCUGAUGAUGGGAAUUGUGAGGACUCUAAAUAUAAAUCUAAUCCUAAUUUACCAGAACUUAGCAAAUCUAAAUGUCCUCAGUGUUCUAAGCAAUUUUCUAGUGUAUGGGUAUUAAAAGCCCAUUUAGAAGAAAUUCAUAAGUCAUGUGUACCUUUUGAUUAUCUUAAGAAAUUCUCAGAUGAAUAUCGUAAAGAAUACAAUACUAGUCGACACUCCUCUAGUAGCGAACCCUCUGCUCUUACAGAUGACGAGCGAGGCCGAGAUGCGGAGAUUGUCCAGGGGGGAGAGAAGGGAACUUCAGAUGAGAGAGAGAAAGAGGCCGAAUCAGGGAGCAGGAGCGACGCAGCGGCUACACCAACCUCUCAUACAACUCCAACCCCUGGUGUAACUCCCACCUCCACCACCGCCCCUUCUGUCUCACCUGCUGCUGAUCAGGGUAUGAAUGUACCUCCACAGAUGGCAGAAAUGGCAGCAGCACUUAAUGCCCUAACAGCAGCUCAGAUGCAACAGAUGCAGUUCAAUCCCAUGAUGAUGGCUGGUCUGGGCUUGGCAGGUUUGCCCCUUCAACUUAAUCCACUUGCUGCUAUGAACUUGCAUCCACCUCUUAUGCCUAUGUUACCACCACAUAUGUUUGAUCCUGUAGCCUUUAGCAACAUGCAGCAACAAAGUUCACCUACCUCUGGGCCCUCAGGAUUGCAGGGAGACCCUUGUAUUUUUCUUAAGCAACAACAACAGCUUAUGCAGCAACAACAGCAACAUGCUGCUGCUGCCGCUGCUGCUGCUGCUGCACAGCAGAAAAGAGCUCGAACCCGUAUUACAGAUGAACAACUCAAAAUUUUAAGAGCUCAUUUUGACAUCAACAAUUCCCCUACUGAGGACCAAAUAAAUGACAUGGCAAAGCAAAGUGGACUGCCUCCAAAGGUGAUAAAACAUUGGUUUAGAAAUACACUUUUCAAGGAACGACAGCGCAGUAAAGACUCCCCAUACAAUUUCAGCAUUCCGCCGUCCACCACACUUAACUUGGAGGAGUAUGAAAAGACAGGUGAGGCAAAGGUAAUGCCACUUAAUCCUGAUGAAGCACGAGAGAUUGUUGCCCUAAAUUCUACACGUGAAGAGGAUAAAAGUAUUGAUCAGAUCUCAAAGGAGCAAGAGGAGCCUAAUUUAGACCAUGCCAGUGCUGUGUCCCCGCUCAACAAAGUUCCUAGUUUUACACAAGACAAUAGCCGAGUACAAGAAAAGAACGGGGAUAGCGUAGGUGGGUCUUUAGGCCCUAGUAACCAGCAGCAAUUAUUUCAUCAGCAAAGGGAUCAGCAAAGGGAGCAUCAGCUGAGGGAACAGCGUGAACAAUUGAAUCCACAGCCACUUCUACCACCACAUCCAUCUCAACCAUCAUCACAGGUGGGUGGUGGGUCACAACUGGUUUCAUCUGCUUCAUCAUCACCCAUAGGACUGCCAGCAACACCAUCAUUUACAUCCUUGGCUUCACCUCAGACGUCGCUUUCCCUCACUUCACUCAUUACCUCUCAGCUCGAGACCAAUCCUAUGCUGGCCCACAAGCUGCCUCAUACACCACCCACAGUUCCUAGUUCUGGCCUUAUUCCUCCAAGCUCUGGUGUGAGUCCCACACCACCCCAUUUGUCCUUUCCAUCAGCACCCCAGACCCCUACCUCUUCCAGCUCUAUAACAGGCAAGAGAGCCAAUCGCACCCGUUUCACUGACUACCAGAUUAAGGUGCUACAAGAGUUUUUUGAAAAUAAUGCUUAUCCCAAGGAUGAUGAUCUGGAGUAUUUGUCUAAGCUGCUCAACCUUUCUCCUCGUGUUAUUGUGGUUUGGUUUCAAAAUGCUCGUCAGAAGGCACGAAAAGUUUAUGAAAACCAGCCACCUCUUGACCCCAAUGAUGAAGGUGCAGGAAGAUUUACAAGAACACCUGGUCUGAAUUAUCAGUGUAAAAAAUGCUUGCUUGUCUUCCAGCGGUAUUAUGAGCUCAUAAGACAUCAAAAGACGCAUUGCUUCAAGGAAGAAGAUGCUAAGCGUUCAGCACAGGCACAAGCAGCAGCUGCCCAAGCCGCAGCAUUGUAUAAUGAUGAAAAUUCUAAUCAUUCCAGCAUUACAGAGUCAUCACAGCAGUCUGGUAGCAUGGAUAAUAAAUCUACAACUGAGACAUACCAGUGUGAUAAGUGUAGUUUGGUUUUUAAUAGGUUUGAACAGUGGCGAGAACAUCAGAUUGUGCAUUUAAUGAAUCCAGCUCUCUUUUUGAAUAAGGGUGCAGACUCUCCCUUUACCAGUAUACAGCAGCAACAGCAGCAGUCACAGCCACCACCUCAGCAUCAAAUUCCUCCAGCAAUACCCCCACCUCAGCCCAGUCCCUUGCUACCUCCUGCCUCACCUCUAAAGCGUAAGACUGAUGAAAGUGAGGAUGAAAAGGAUGUUGUCUUGGGGAGUAGUGAAGGUCAGCGGGACAAACGGCUGCGCACUACUAUUCUCCCAGAGCAACUUGACUACCUCUAUCAAAAGUACCAGUUGGAAGCAAAUCCUUCGCGAAAGAUGCUGGAAACAAUAGCUCAAGAAGUGGGUCUCAAGAAGAGGGUCGUCCAAGUCUGGUUCCAGAACACUCGAGCGAGAGAAAGAAAAGGUCAGUUUAGAGCUCAUGCACAAGUCAUUAAUAAAAAAUGCCCCUUCUGUCCUGCUAUCUUUAAAGUAAAAUCUGCUCUUGAAUCGCACCUUUCUACUAAGCACGCCGAUCAGUACUCUAAGGGAGAUGUGGAUAUUGAUGCACUGCCUGAUGUAGAAGAUUCUGGUGUUGGGAACUUCAGCCUGUCUUCAACUCCUUCUUCAACUCAAGCUUCUCAAGUCAUGACCUCUUCUUUCUUCUCAUCCCCAGAAGUUCCUGAAGAUUCAAUUGCCAUGUACCAUGAGGAAGCAAUCCGGAGAUACCUAAAUGAUGUCAACCUAGCAUCGGAUGGUGUGCGGCGAGAAGGUGAGAGCCCAUUAGAUCUCAGUAAGCCCCUAGAGAUGGUGCGACCCCUAGAGAUGGUGCGACCUUUGGCGUUUGAUUCAUCCUUAUUAGAUACCAGUGACCAUUUAGGAGACCACUCAGAUGAUGAAUGUUAUCAGCUUGAUGUGGGAGAGCCAGAAGAUGGUGACCUAUCACUACAUAAUACUGAAAGUAACCCCACCUCACCUGCCUCCUCUACCACUAGUUCUGCUCGACCAGGAGGACCUCAUUCAGCUAGUAAGCGGUUCCGAACCCAGAUGUCAGCAAUUCAGGUUAAGAUAAUGAAGAGUGUGUUCAGUGAUUACAAGACUCCAACUAUGGCAGAGUGUGAGUUGCUAGGGAGGGAAAUAGGGUUAGCCAAGCGUGUGGUGCAGGUGUGGUUCCAAAAUGCGAGGGCCAAAGAAAAGAAGGCCAAACUGGCUUUACAAAAAAUGCUUGGCACUGAGCCUGAAGGUCCUAAGCCACCUGAGGAGUGCAAAGUAUGUAAUUUUAAGUACAGCCAUAAGUAUUCUGUGCAGGACCAUUUGUUUACACGCUCACAUAUCGAAAAUAUGAAAAUGUUUUUAGAAAAAGUAAAAGAGGAGAGUGACGUGGCUGGUCUAACCAGUAGUUUGAGUUCAUUGUCAGCUGAUUCUGACAAACCACCCUCAUCGUUGACACCAGCAGCUGGCUUAGCACACCAGCUUCAAAUGGCCCAGUUAAUGGCACUUGGAUCACCUCCAGCUACAGUUGGUAUUACUGCCAGUGAUGAUAGGAAGGUUGGUCCAGGUGGGAGCAACAACAAUGAUGACGUAAGUCGCCUGCAGCUACUUCAACAGGUGUACCAGCAGAUGGGUCUCGGGGGGCUGCAAGGGGCGCCCCACCCACUACUUCAACAUGCCAUGAUGGCCGGCGCUGGUGAGUAGCGGUCCCCCAUCCCUGUGAUCACUACCUGCACCUGCUCGUGGCCCGUCCUGCCAGCCUGCACACCACCUAGUGCCGCCCUCACGGUUGCUGCUACCCUGCCCUACCCUGCUCACUCCCGGCCAGGCCUGCAAGGGGUACCACCGCCACUUUGACUCCAUCUGCUCACAAUACUUCUCUGGCUUUUCCACGUAGGCCAGUUGUUAAUAUCAGUGUGUAUGAAUUUUAAUAUGUAGCUUGGAAGUGAGCUCUAGCGGAAUCCUAGGCAUGCCUGGCUGGGGAAAAGAGCCUUAUUAUACAUGUUGGCCCUGUCACGCUUUAUCCUCCCUAGCAGGCUCACGCUUGUUCGGCCUGCUGCUCUUGCUGCCUAGCCCUCCCUCCCCUGUGUUCAUUCGCUUGUCUGGAUUCCUAUUUGUCAACUCCUGUGUAUGUGUUAAACCCAAGACACAGUCAAGGGUGAGAAUAAUACAGACCUGAUACUUACUCGUGGAGAGAGAAGUUGUAGCUUAAAUGUGUUGAUGUUAUGAUGGCAUUUUUACAAAGUUACGAAAGUUCCGGAGUUCAGGCCUUACUUUUAAGUUUGAGGCCUUAAAAUCUUCACUAGAGCUGGUUUUAUGUAAUUUUUGUGUAAUCCUCUAGUGGUCUAGGACUCUAGAACUGCAUCAGGUUGGUAGAUCAUAGAGUAUAAAAUCUAUUAAUGGUGAAACACUAACAAUACCUCGCAUCAAAGCAUAUGAAUUGAGUGUACUCUUUAAAAAUUGUCUUGCACCAUAAUUAAUAAUAUUAAUAAUAAUACGCUGUACACUAACUUGCUAGUUAAUGUUCCUACCACUUUUUAUGCUAAUCACGUGAUCAGUGUUUCAGAAGGUAUAAUUAUUAUUUUCAUUAUCAUUUAGUGUAAAAAAGCCUAAAACAAUCAGUAGAAUUUUUUGAUUUGAAAAUUGUUUAUAAAAGUGCAGUUGAUAUCAAAUAAUUGUAAAAAUAGCAUUUAAAUUAGUACAGCUUUUAGAGAUGAUACUUAGGCUAUAGCUUGCAACCUUCUUUUCACAGUUUUAGACGCCACUUUCUUUCAUCUUAUUGACAGAUUCUUAGUUUCUGCAAGAGAAAAUAAAUAUAAAAUAUAAACUCUAAUGACAAGUGAUGUCUGAAAGACUCGCUGUAUUUGUAUCCAGUCAUUUAGGCCUCUGUACUCUUGGUGUAACUUUGAAUCUAAGUCACAAAGGUGUAUGAAUCUCUUUGUAUCUACCACAAGCAACAGGUUCCUGAGAUUAUAAAGCAGAUAAUCACGAGUGUAAGCAAACAAAACUCGACCAUAGAUUCCUCACCAGUCUUCCACAUCUAACCGACCCAACUAAAGUGUAAAAAAAUAUGAAGGCUUUCAAAACUCACUAUUGAAUAACAUUAUACAUGGAAUACCAGACCUGAUUGAUUAUCAUCGGCAUUUCACAUCACAAAUAGUAAUAACUCAAGCUUAUUAAUUUGAUCUGUAUAAUAAUUACAGUAAUCAUAAUGCAUUCUAUACCUUUACAAUAGAUGUAAUAUACAAACUACAAAAUGACGUUCGGUGUACCCAUGCAAUUGUAUGUAUUGUACAUUUUCCCAGAUGGGGAGUAAGGUGUUUUAACCGUCAAAUAUAAGUUGUAAACACUGGGUUGUAAUGUUCUUUGCUUAUUUAUAAUUAUAUCAUUAUAUAAUGGAACAUUUUUUGGUGUUUUUGUGAUGCUAAAUACGCACUGAGCCUAGUGAAUGUAUACUGUAUAUACAUAUAUGAAAUUGCGGUAAAGAGACCUCAGAGCUUACAGUGGGAGGAGGAGUAAAUGUAGAAUGAAUACAGUACUUGCCAUAACUUUAUCACAAGGUUUUGUACUACAUUGAAAUUUAAGUGAGGGACAAAUGUCCUGUUUGCCUGUAUCACUUGCACGUUUACCUACAUUUAAGAUGAAGAAAAUCGACUUUGUGGUGAAGCUUGAAAAGCUUUGAACAUUACAACUUGGGUCAUGAAGCUCCCGCACUCUACCUCGCACAUAUUUUGCCGAACGAAGAAAACAGCCAUUGGGAGACUGGGAACUUCUUUAGUACUGGGAACCUUAAAAAGAAUUAUUAAUGAGGGUUAUAGUUAACAGUAAAUCAAAAGGACCAUUACGUCAUUUUUGGGUGGCCGGUACUAAGGCAGCCUUUGCACCUCUCUGGCUAAGCAAGACCUUGAGAUCAAAUUAGCAAUUUUGGGUCCACUGUCAAUCAUACAAUAAGCAUUUUAUUUUUCAUGUAUGUUGGUUUGAAAAGAAUUUUUCGUGGCCAUAGUAAUACUGCUUCUAAGUUCUUAUGUCCUAAGAACGUUCGGGAGGGUGGAGAAAAGUUGUAAGAUAAAAUAUUUCCCCAAAAAUUGCUAAUUCGACCUCAUUUAACUGUAUGUGUAAGUGUGUUUGUAUGUUUGUAUUACUCCCGCGUCUGUCAACACGUGAAGUUCCUUCCAGCUAAAACUGGCUUUUUACUAAAAUCUUAUAAAGGGGUCGCUAUCUUUUUUUUCUUUUAGGGAUGACUCCUUCAAGAAUAUAUCAAUCUAGCAAUCGAUAUCGGGUGGCAGUUUUUGUUUUGUUGUCUUAAUAUUAUGUAGUAACAAUUUGCAGCAUCGUGUCCGAAACUAACGAAGAAUUUUUUACAUAUAUAUGAAAAACCUUUCAAGAUCCACGUACGAACGAAGUUUUCAUGGUUUGCUCUGCGAGUCAUUCUUUUGCAUUAUUUUGUCCUGUUGUGUCACUGUGGUUCAGAACCCACGUUUAAGUGUGGGCUGUUGGUGCUUGACAGCUUUUAAUAUAUAAGAGAUCAUACCUUACUACAGUAGAACAAUAGAGAAUUGGUGCUUUUUCGGCAGUUUCGGAUACUAUGCUUCAAUUUGUUCUGUUGUAAAUGGCCAUUUUCUUGAUCUGCAAAUAAGGCGGUUGUGAGAAUUGCAUCAUAUGGCAAAUGCCACCUUACGCGUCGGACUCGAAGUUGGCCAGUUACCUGUCUUGGGUCGAAUUUCAUUCAAAUUGUUACAGUGAUUUUCUUUAAGUAAAACCAGUUCAUUUUUGUUGCUUGUAGCCGGGAAACACAUAAAGGCUACUUGUUAUGCCUUGUCCUUUGUAGGACCAAGAAGGCAUCUGAAGGUUAAUACUAUCAUUCAUGUUCUCUUUCGUUUUCCCUGUGAAUGAGUCAUUUUGUUGGGUCGGUGUUUUUUUUUAUUUUUUUCCUUUUUAAACUGGAGUUGACUAUAUCAUGAAACAACGGUUCCUCGCUUUUUUGGAAGAAAAAUUAUUUAUAUAACUGAAAUGAAUCGCAAAGUUCCUAUUUGAAUGUGAAUAUCUGAAAUACUGUUAGUACUGAUAUAAUGAUAGUAAUAAUAAUAAUGAAGUAACCGUAAAGUUAGGAUUGUCUGGCUCUCGCCGAGGUGGAGAUUGUCUCAAUAUUGCCGUAUAUGUGAGUGUUCCUUAUAUUUUUACAUUAAUAAUAAUUGUUGUAAUCAUUUUAUCAGCCACAUCAAUCUGACUUUGUCCACUAUAAACAGAAAAAAGAUAAAAAGAUGAUGGUAUUUACUAGCUUUUGGUAUUUAUAUGUGUUAUAUUAUGUUGUAAAUAGUUAUGGCAUCUUCUUGCUAGCAGGGAGAUGCCAUUGUGUUAUGUUGUAAAAUAUCAUUAUAAUUAUUAUUAUUAUUAUUAAAAUAAUUAUUAUUAUUUUUAUGACCACACCUCUAAGCUAAGUCCCAAUGUCUGUUGUGCUUACUGUACAGCCCAUACCUGAAACCGGUCAAAGUAUAUACUUUUCUGUUGUAAAUUUAUUUUGUUUCCAUUGUCUUCAUUCUUUCCUCUUUUGUAUUAUAUUUUAUUCAUAUAUAAUUUAGUUUAAAAAAAGAGACAGUUGUGUUUUGUUGUAUAUUACUGAGUUAGCAACAUUCUGAUCAUUUCCUGUACGUAUGUGGGAAACUAGUGAUAAAAAUAAACCUCGAAAGUAAAUAA